ACAUUUUCAUACAUAACCAAACAAGAAAAUGCUCAUCCAGAGGCGGCGCUCCUAGUGGCCGGUGAUUUUAAUGCAGGAAAACUGAAAUCCGUUUGAUCUAAUUUCUACCAGCAUGUCACCUGUGCAACUAGAGGGAUAACAACUGUAGAUCACCUUUACUCCACACACAGAGACACAUACAAAGCUCUCCCCCACCCUCCAUAUGGCAAAUCUGACCAUAACUAUAUCCUCCUGAUUCCUGCUUGCAAGCAAAAACUCAAACAGGAAGUACCAUUGACGCACUCAAUACAGAAGUGGGUCCGAUGAAGCGGUGCUAAGAUACAGGACUGUUUCGCUAGCAGACUGGAAUAUGUUCUGGGAUUAAUCCGAUGGCAUUGAGGAGUUUACCACAUCAGUCACCGGCUUCAUUAAUAAGUGCAUCGAAGACGUUGUCCCCCCACUGACCGUACGUACAUAUCCCAACCAGAAGCCAUGGACUACAGGCAACAUCCGCACUGAGCUAAUGGCUAGAGCUGCCACUUUUAAGGAACAGGACUCUAAUCCGGACGCAUAUAAGAAUUCCCGCUUUGCCCUCCGACGAACCAUCAAACUGGCAAAGCGUCUAUACAGGACUCAGAUCGAAUCCUACUACACCGACUCUGACGCUCGUCAGAUGUGGCAGGGCUUGCAAACUAUCACGGUUUACAAAGGGAAAUCCAGCCGAGAGCUACCCAGUGACGCGAGCCUACCAAAUUAGCUAAAUGCCUUCUAUGCUCGCUUCGAGGCAAGCAACAAGUAAGUAAGAUAUUUAAACAGGUUAACAUACACAAGGCCGCAGGGCCAGACGGAUUACCAGGAUGCGUGCUCAGAGCAUGCUCUGACCAGCUGGCAAGUGUCUUCACUGACAUUUUCAACCUCUCCCUGACCCAGUCUGUAAUACCUACAUGUUUCAAGAAAACCACCAUAGUCCCUGUGCCUGAGAAUGCCAAGGUAACCUGUCUAAAUGAAUACCGCCCCGUAGCACUCACAUCUGUAGCCAUGAAAUGCUUUGAAGGCUGGUCAUGGCUCACAUCAACACCAUCAUCCCAGAAACCCUGGACCCACUCCAAUUCGCAUACGCCCGAACAGAUCCACAGAUGAAGCAAUCUCUAUUGCACCGCACACUGCCUUUUCCCACCUGGACAAAAGGAACACCUACGUGAGAAUGCUGUUCAUUGACUACAGCUCAGCGUUCAACACCAUAGUGCCCUCCAAGCUCAUCACCAAGUUAAGGACCCUGGGACUGAACACCUCCCUCUGUAACUGGAUCCUGGACAUCCUGACUGGCCGCCCCCAGGUGGUGAGGGUAGGCAACAUCACCUCCGCCACGCUGACCCUCAACACCGGGGCCCCUCAGGGGUGUGUGCUCAGUCCCCUCCUGUACUCCCUGUUCACCCAUGACUGCACAACUCCAACACCAUCAUUAAGUUUGCCAACUACACGACGGUGGUAGGCCUGAUCACUGACAAUGAUGAGACAGCCUAUAGGGAGGAGAUCAGAGACGUGGCAGUGUGGUGCCAGGAGCCCCUCAGAGCCUGUGCCAGGUGCCCCUCAGUGUGGUGCCCCUCAUAGCCUGAGUCCUCUCUAGGGUUCUUCCUAGGUUCCUGCCUUUCCACUGUGAAUCUACAUCUGCUUGCUGUUUGGGGUUUUAGGCUCGGUUUCUGUAUAAGUACAUUGUGACAACUGCUGAUGUAAAAAGGGCUUUAUAAAUACAUUUGAUUGAUUGAUGGUGCCAGGCCAACAACCUGUCCCUCAACAUGGGCAAGACAACGGAGCUGAUUGUUGACUACAGGAAACGGAGGACGGAACACGCCCCCAUUCACAUCGUCGGGGAUGUAGUAGACUGGGUCGAGAGCUUCAAGUUCAUCGGCGUCCACGUCACUAAGGACCUAUCAUGGUCCAAACACACCAACACAGCCUUGAAGAGGGUACGACAACGCCUCUUCCCCCUCAGGAGGCUGAAAAGAUUUGGCAUGGGCCCUCAGGUCCUCAAAAAGUUAUACAGCUGCACCAUUGAGGGCAUCUUGACUGGCUGCAUCACCGCUUGGUAUGGAAACUGCUCGGCAUUCGACCGCAAGCCGCUACAGAGGUUAGUGUGUAUGGCCCAGUACAUCACUGGGGCAGAACUCCCUGCCAUCCAGGACCUCUAUACCAGGCGGUGUGAGAGGAAGGCCCACAUUUUUUUCAAAGACUCCAACCACCCAAGUCCAAGCUGUUCUCUCUGCUACCGCACGGCAAGCGGUACUGGAACGAAAAGUUUGUGACCAAAAGGCUCCUGAACAGCUUCUACCCCCAAGCCAUAAGACUGCUGAACAGUUAAUCAAAUGGCUACCCACACACACUACAUACAGUGCAUUCGGAAAGUAUUAAGACCUGUUGACUUUUUCCACAUUUUGUUACAUUACAGCCUUAUUCUAAAAUUGAUUAAAUUUAGUUUUUUUCAUCAUCAAACAUCUCAAGGAUGAUUGAUGGAAACAUGAUACACCUGAGCUCAAUUUCGAGUUUCAUAGCAAAGGGUCUGAAUACUUAUGUAAAUAAGGUAUAUACGCUACUGGUCAAAGGUUUUAGAACACCUACUCAUUCAAGGGUUUUUUCUUUAUUUUGACUAUUUUCUACAUUGUAGAAUAAUAGUGAAGACAUCAAAACUAUGAAAUAACACAUAUGGAAUCAUGUAGAAAAUUAAAAAAAGUGUUAAACAAAUUCUUCAAAUAGCCACCCUUUGCCUUGAUGACAGCUUUGCACACUCUUGGCAUUCUCUCAACCAGCUUCAUGAGGUAGUCUCCUGGAAUGCAUUUCAAUUAACAGGUGUGCCUUCUUAAAAGUUAAUUUGUGGAAUUUCUUUCCUUCUUAAUGCGUUUGAGCCAAUCAGUUGUAUUGUGACAAGGUAGGGGGGUAUACAGAAGAUAGCCCUAUUUGGUAAAAGACCAAGUCCAUAUUAUGGCAAGAACAGCUCAAAUAAGAAAAGAGAAACGACAGUCCAUCAUUACUUUAAGACAUGAAGGUCAGUCAAUACGGAACUUUUUAAGAACUUUGAAAGUUUCUUCAAGUGCAGUCGCAAAAACCAUCAAGCGCUAUGAUGAAACUGGGUCUCAAGAGGACCGCCACAGGAAUGGAAGACCCAGAGUUACCAGCCUCAGAAAUUGCAGCCCAAAUAAAUGCUUCACAGAGUUCAAGUAACAGACACAUCUCAACAUCAACUGUUCAGAGGAGACUGUGUGAAUCAGGCCUUCAUGGUCGAAUUGCUGCAAAGAAACCACUACUAAAGGAUGCCAAUAAGAAGAAGAGACUUGCUUGGGCAAAGAAACACGAGCAAUGGAAAUGUGUCCUUUAGUCUGGAGUUCAAAUUGGAGAUUUUUGGUUCCAACUGCUGUGGCUUUGUGAGAUGCGGUGUGGGUGAACGGAUGAUCUCUGCAUGUGUAUUUCCCACCGUAAAGCAUGGAGGAGGAGGUGUGAUGGUGUGGGGGUGCUUUGCUGGUGACACUCUCUGUGAUGUAUUUAGAAUUCAAGGCACACUUAACCAGCAUGUCUACCACAGCAUUCUGCAGCGAUACACCAUCCCAUCUGGUUUGGGCUUAGUGGGACUAUCAUUUGUUUUUAACAGGACAAUGACCCAACACACCUCCAGGCUGUGUAAGGGCUAUUUGACCAAGAAGGAUAAUGAUGGAGUGCUGCAUCAGAUGACCUGGCCUCCACAAUCCCCAUGACCUCAAACAAAUUGAGAUGGUUUGGGAUGAGUCGGACCGCAGAGGGAAGGAAAAGCAGCCAACAAGUGCUCAGUUGAAGUCGCAAGUUUACAUACACUUAGGUUGGAGUCAUUAAAACUUGUUUUUCAACCACUCCACAAAUUUCUUGUUAACAAACUAUCAUUUUGGCAAGUCGGUUACGACAUCUACUUUGUGCAUGACACAAGUAAUUUUUCCAACAAUUAUUUUACUUAUGGUUCACUGUAUCACAAUUCCAGUGGGUCUGAAGUUUACAUACACUAAGUUGACUGUGCCUUUAAACAGCUUGGAAAAUUCCAGAAAAUAAUGUCAUGGCUUUAGAAGUUUCUGAUAGGCUAAUUGACAUCAUUUCAGUCAACUGGAGGUGUACCUGUGGAUGUAUUUCAAGGCCUACCUUCAAACUCAGUGCCUCUUUGCUUGACAUCAUGGGAAAAUCAAAAGAAAUAAGCCAAGACCUCAGAAAAAAAAUGGUAGACCUCCACAAGUCUGGUUCAUCCUUGGGAGCAAUUUCCAAACGCCUGAAGGUACCACGUUCAUCUGUACAAACAAUAGUAUGCAAGUAUAAACACCAUGGGACCACGCAGUCAUCAUACCGCUCAGGAAGGAGACGCGUUCUGUCUCCUAGAGAUGAACGUACUUUGGUGCGAAAAGUGCAAAUCAAUCCCAGAACAACAGCAAAGGACCUUGUGAAGAUGCUGGAGGAAACAGGUACAAAAUUAUCUAUAUCCACAGUAAACUAAGUCCUAUAUCGACAUAACCUGAAACGCCGCUCAACAAGGAAGAAGCAACUGCUCCAAAACCGCCAUAAAAAAGCCAGACUAUGGUUUGCAACUGCACAUGGGAACAAAGAUCAUACUUUUUGGAGAAAUGUCCUCUGGUCUGAUGAAACAAAAAUAAAACUGUUUGGCCACAAUGACCAUCUUUACGUUUGGUGGAAAAAGGGGGUGGCUUGCAAGCCGAAGAACACCAUCCCAACCGUGAAGCACAGGGGGGGCAGCAUCAUGCUGUGGGGGUGCUUUGCUGCAGGAGGGACUGGUGCACUUCACAAAAUUGAUGGCAUCAUGAGGAAGGACAAUUAUGUGGAUAUAUUGAAGCAACAUCUCAAGAUCAGUCAGGAAGUUCAAGCUUGGUCGCAAAUGGGUCUUCCAAAUGGACAAUGACCCCAAGCAUACUUCCAAAGUUGUGGCAAAUUGGCUUAAGGACAACAAAGUCAAGGUAUUGGAGUGGCCAUCACAAAGCCCUGACCUCACUGUACACUCAGACAAACAAAACACACACACACACAUGCAUAUUGACGCCACACACACACACACACACACAUACAUGCACUUUCACAUAUGCUGCUGCUACUCUGUUUGUUAAAUAUCCUGAUUUUCUAGUCACUUUUACCCCGACCCACAUGUACAUGCUGUAUUACCUCAAUUACCUCAACUACCUUGUACCCCUGCACAUUGACUCGGUACUGGUACUCCUUGUAUGUAGCCUCAUUAAUACCCUGUAUCCCUGCACAUUGACUCGGUACUGGUACUCCUUGUAUAUAGCCUCAUUACUACACCGUAUCCCUGCACAUUGACUCGGUACUGGUACUCCUUGUAUAUAGCCACGGGGGGCCAGUAUGAAAAAAAUAUAUAUGUAUGCACUCACUAACUGUAAGUCGCUCUGGAUAAGAGCAUCUGCUAAAUGACUAAAAUGUAAAAUGUAAAUAGUCUCAUUACUACACCGUAUCCCUGCACAUUGACUCGGUACUGGUAUAUAUAAUCUAUCUCCUUUUUUAUUUAGCAAAUAUUUGUCUUUCUUUUUAAAUAAGCGUAUCACCUGUUGCAUUCGGUGCAUGUGACAUUAACAUUUGAUUUGAUAGUAGGAAAGUCAGAAUUUGAAAUGACACCAGAGAUACAAAACUAAACUGUUGCAUGAUAUAGCACCAUAUAGCACCAAUGAUAUAGCACCAUAUAGCACCACUGAUAUAGCACCAUAUAGCACCACUGAUAUAGCACCACUUAUAUAGCACCAUAUAGCACCACUGAUAUAGCACCAUAUAGCACCAUAUAGCACCACUGAUAUAGCACCACUGAUAUAGCACCACUGAUAUAGCACCAUAUAGCAGCAUAUAGCACCACUGAUAUAGCACCAUAUAGCACCACUGAUAUAGCACCAUAUAGCAGCAUAUAGCACCACUGAAAUAGCACCACUGAUAUAGCACCACUGAUAUAGCACCAUAUAGCACCAUAUAGCACCACUGAAAUAGCACCAUAUAGCACCACUGAUAUAGCACCAUAUAGCACCAUAUAGCACCACUGAAAUAGCACCACUGAUAUAGCACCACUGAUAUAGCACCAUAUAGCACCAUAUAGCACCACUGAUAUAGCACCAUAUAGCACAACUGAUAUAGCACCAUAUAGCACCAUAUAGCACCACUGAAAUAGCACCACUGAUAUAGCACCAUAUAGCACCACUGAUAUAGCACCAUAUAGCACCAUAUAGCACCACUGAUAUAGCACCAUAUAGCACCAUAUAGCACCACUGAUAUAGCACCAUAUAGCACCACUGAUAUAGCACCAUAUAGCACCAUAUAGCACCACUGAUAUAGCACCACUGAUAUAGCACCAUAUAGCACCACUGAUAUAGCACCAUAUAGCACCACUGAUAUAGCACCAUAUAGCACCACUGAUAUAGCACCAUAUAGCACCACUGUAGUCCCGUGUAGCUCAGUUGGUAGAGCAUGGCGUUUUCAACGCCAUGGUUGUGGGUUCGAUUACCACGGGGGGCCCAAGUAUGAAAAUGUAUGCACUCACUAACUGUAAUUCGCUCUGGAUAAGAGCAUCUGCUAAAUGACUAAAAUGUAAAUAUAGCACCACUGAUAUAUCAACAUAUAGCACCAUGUUGAUCUAUUUCUCGUUCUUUACCACGUAACCAUAGUCCCCGUCGUCCCAUAACAUACAGUCACCACGUCACAGUGUACUUGGACAGUUUUCUAGUUUUCUAUCUGAGGUUUCUUCUUACCGAUUUAGCUAGCUGCUGAGGGUAAUAUUAGAAGCACACACAGUAACAAAUGAUUUGUUUACUUGAAAUGUAUUUAUUCCGUAAUUAUCUUUUGUCCAUUUUAGACUGAAACAGAAAGACGGAAAGGCAGAAAACCUCCUCGCCUCACCUCUGUACAUCCGUGGGAGUUUCUGUUUCAGCAGCUGUUCAGCUCAGAGUUGGUUAGCUCUUAGCAUCCUCAGGGAGCCAUUCAAUAUGUAUGAAAUUUCUAACUACUGCAGAAACAUUACCUCAGGCUUUUGUGCUUUAAAUGGUUGAACAAAAGCCAGAGAUUCUCAGGCAGGCAGAAUUAAAAUGCUCUCUUUAUAUUAAAAGUACUCUAGUUGGAGAUGUAGAGUUGCGUUUGGGAGGAGCAGUCUUACACACACGCAAACCCACAAACACACACGCACACGCACACACACAAACACACACACACACACACAGUGGGAGAGGAAUUGGGUGGAGGUGUUUUAGUGAUAGCAUAACGCCUUAGUGUCUGCAGUAGUGGAUGAAGUCGCUGCAGGGCUCAGCUACAUUAUUUAUCCCAUGCUGGCAGCAUAAUGCCUUAGUGUCUGCAGUAGUGGAUGAAGUCGCUGCAGGGCUCAGCUACAUUAUUUAUCCCAUGCUGGCAGCAUAAUGCCUUAGUGUCUGUAGUAGUGGAGGAAGUCGCUGCAGGGCUCAGCUACAUUAUUUAUCCCAUGCUGGCAGCAUAAUGCCUUAGUGUCUGUAGUAGUGGAUGAAGUCGCUGCAGGGCUCAGCUACAUUAUUUAUCCCAUGCUGGCAGCAUAAUGCCUUAGUGUCUGUAGUAGUGGAGGAAGUCGCUGCAGGGCUCAGAUACAUUAUUUAUCCCAUGCUGGCAGCAUAAUGCCUUAGUGUCUGUAGUAGUGGAUGAAGUCGCUGCAGGGCUCAGCUACAUUAUUUAUCCCAUGCUGGCAGCAUAAUGCCUUAGUGUCUGUAGUAGUGGAGGAAGUCGCUGCAGGGCUCAGCUACAUUAUUUAUCCCAUGCUGGCAGCAUAAUGCCUUAGUGUCUGUAGUAGUGGAGGAAGUCGCUGCAGGGCUCAGCUACAUUAUUUAUCCCAUGCUGGCAGCAUAAUGCCUUAGUGUCUGUAGUAGUGGAUGAAGUCGCUGCAGGGCUCAGCUACAUUAUUUAUCCCAUGCUGGCAGCAUAAUGCCUUAGUGUCUGUAGUAGUGGAGGAAGUCGCUGCAGGGCUCAGAUACAUUAUUUAUCCCAUGCUGGCAGCAUAAUGCCUUAGUGUCUGUAGUAGUGGAUGAAGUCGCUGCAGGGCUCAGCUACAUUAUUUAUCCCAUGCUGGCAGCAUAAUGCCUUAGUGUCUGUAGUAGUGGAUGAAGUCGCUGCAGGGCUCAGCUACAUUAUUUAUCCCAUGCUGGCAGCAUAAUGCCUUAGUGUCUGUAGUAGUGGAGGAAGUCGCUGCAGGGCUCAGCUACAUUAUUUAUCCCAUGCUGGCAGCAUAAUGCCUUAGUGUCUGUAGUAGUGGAGGAAGUCGCUGCAGGGCUCAGCUACAUUAUUUAUCCCAUGCUGGCAGCAUAAUGCCUUAGUGUCUGUAGUAGUGGAUGAAGUCGCUGCAGGGCUCAGCUACAUUAUUUAUCCCAUGCUGGCAGCAUAAUGCCUUAGUGUCUGUAGUAGUGGAGGAAGUCGCUGCAGGGCUCAGAUACAUUAUUUAUCCCAUGCUGGCAGCAUAAUGCCUUAGUGUCUGUAGUAGUGGAUGAAGUCGCUGCAGGGCUCAGCUACAUUAUUUAUCCCAUGCUGGCAGCAUAAUGCCUUAGUGUCUGUAGUAGUGGAUGAAGUCGCUGCAGGGCUCAGCUACAUUAUUUAUCCCAUGCUGGCAGCAUAAUGCCUUAGUGUCUGUAGUAGUGGAGGAAGUCGCUGCAGGGCUCAGCUACAUUAUUUAUCCCAUGCUGGCAGCAUAAUGCCUUAGUGUCUGUAGUAGUGGAGGAAGUCGCUGCAGGGCUCAGCUACAUUAUUUAUCCCAUGCUGGCAGCAUAAUGCCUUAGUGUCUGUAGUAGUGGAGGAAGUCGCUGCAGGGCUCAGCUACAUUAUUUAUCCCAUGCUGGCAGCAUAAUGCCUUAGUGUCUGUAGUAGUGGAGGAAGUCGCUGCAGGGCUCAGAUACAUUAUUUAUCCAUGCUGGCACCAUCUGGCCAUUUGCUGCCAGAAAAAGGGCAAUUAUGCUUUCCAAGGUCCUCCUCUCCUCUUCCCCUCGCUGGAGUACUGUACACUGACCUCCACAUCAGAGGCCAUUUAAAAACGAAUUAUUAAACAUGUACUGACAAUAAAAUAUUCUAACAUCUUUAAACAUUAGUAGCCUCUCAUUAGUAUAUGUUUACAUUUUAUUUCAUCUUCUGAAAAUCAUAUGGUCUACUGGGAAGGGCUCAGGGUCUUUUAAUGAGGAUUUGUUGCUUUUUCAAUUGUACACUUGAUAUUUCUUAACUUGUUUUCUUGUAUGAAUAAAUCAUGAAAAUGAAGUGAAUUUGUCUUGUCUGUUGUCCCCCUGCAUUCUCGGUUGGAUCAGCACUGAACAGAAAAUGGCCAAUAAAUGCAUACUAUUCUUAUUUCUCUCUCUCCUCUCUCUCUCUCUCUCUCAUCGCUCUCUCUCUCUCUCUCUCUCUCUCUCUCUCUAUCUUCUAUAUCCUCUCUCUAUCUCUCUCUCCUCUCUUUCUUGGGAUCUUCCCCUCUCUCUCUCAUCUCUUCUCUCUCUCUCAUCUCUUUGCUUCUCUCUCGUCUCUCUCUUCUUUCUCUCGUACUCUCUCUCUCUCUCGUCUCUCUCUUUCUCUCUCGUCUCUCUCUCGGUGAUAAUUCUUCUUCUCCUCUAGGUCUGAUAAUCUCUCUUGUCUUCUCUCCUCAGGUCUGAUUAAUCUCUCUCUCGUCUUCUCCUCCUCAGGUCUGAUAAUCUCUCUCUCUCUUCUCCUCCUCAGGUCUGAUAAUCUCUCUCUUCUCCUCCUCAGGUCUGAUAAUCUCUCUCUGUCUUCUCCUCCUCAGGUCUGAUAAUCUCUCUCGUUUCUCCUCCUCUGGUCUGAGAAUCUCUCUCUCUGUCUUCUCCUCCCGUCUAAAUCUCUCUCUCUGUCUUCUCCUCCUCUGGUCUGAUAAUCUCUCUCUCUCUCUUCUCCUCCUCUGGUCUGAUAAUCUCUCUCUGUCUUCUCCUCCUCAGGUCUGAUAAUCUCUCUCUGUCUUCUCCUCCUCAGGUCUGAUAAUCUCUCUCUGUCUUCUCCUCCUCAGGUCUGAGAAUCUCUCUCUCUGUCUUCUCUCCUCAGGUCUGAUAAUCCUCUCUGGUCUUCUCUCCUCAGGUCUGAGAAUCUCUCUCCGCUUCUCUCUCGGUACUGAAAAUCUCUUGGCUGCUGUCUCCUCCGGUCUGAUAAUCCCUGUCUUCUCCUCCUCAGGUCUGAUAAUCUCUCUCUGUCUUCUUCUCCUCAGGUCUGAUAAUCUCUCUCUCGUCUUCUCCUCAGGUCUGAUAAUCUCUCUCUGUCUUCUCUCCUCAGGUCUGAUAAUCUCUCUGUCUUCUCCUCCUCAGGUCUGAUAAUCUCUCUCUGUCUUCUUCUCCUCAGGUCUGAUAAUCUCUCGCUCUCUUCUCCUCCUCUGGUCUGAUAAACUCUCUCUCUCUGUCUUCUCCUCCUCAGGUCUGAUAAUCUCUCUCUGUCUUCUUCUCCUCAGGUCUGAUAAUCUCUCCUCUCUCUGUCCUCUCCUCCCUCCUCAGGUCUGAUAAUCUCUCUCCAGCUGUUGCGAGGAGAGAUGGAACAAAUAAGGAGAGAGAACCCUAUGAUCUUCAAUAGGGGCGUGGCCAUGACACGCAAGCUGGGCUUCCCCGAUGUCAUCAUGCCAGGUGAGAGCUGGACUGGGCUACUGACUGAGUUUUUCACAUGA